AUGUUGCGGCGAGGGGCCUCGACUUCCCCGAUGUCAAAUGGAUUAUCCAGAUGGACCCGCCACAGGCAUGAGCUACCUGCUGUUGCUGCUGCUGCUGCUGUUGCUGCUGCUGCUGCUGUUGCUGCUGCUGCUGCUGUUGCUGCUGCUGGUGCUGCAUUGGCUGCUGCAGCUGACUGCAGCUGCUCUCUCGGCUGCUGCUGCCGCUGCUGCUUCCGACUGGACGAUUCGCUGCAGUGCAGCAUUCCGCUGCUGCUGCUGCAGCCGCGACCAGCUGCGGCGCUGCUGCUCCACUGCUGCUGCUGCUGCUGCUGCUGCUGCUGCUGGCAGAACCCUGAGGUGUUCGUACACCGCAUUGGGCGCACUGCGCGCGCCGGCCGCAGCGGCGCUGCGCUGCUGCUGCUGCUGCAGCACGAAGAAGCUUACGAAGCAUUUUUGCGAAACCGCGGAGUCCCUUUGUGUCCCUUUGAGGAGACACAGGAGGGGCAGCAGCUGCAGCAAACUGCAGCAGCAGCAGCAGCAGCAGCAGCAGCAGACGCGGAAGCAGCAGCUGACGAGAAGCAGCAGACGCACAACCCCUUCCUGUCCAAGGCAGAAACAGAUGCCGUCAACGACGCAAUGCAACUCGCUGUGCAGCAGGACCAAGCCCUUAUUCAGAAGGGCGCCCGCGCCUUUGUCUCUUUUAUCCGCGCCUACAAGGAGCACCAACUUUCUUUUCUCCUGCCUUAUGCGCAACUGGACCUGGGGAAGCUGGGGACGGCGCUGCGGCUGCUGCGGCUGCCGCGCAUGCGCGAAGUUGUGGGGAAAAGCCUCAAGAGUUUUGUUCAAAGCCCCGUAGACCCUUUAUUAGUUCCUUACAAGUAUGACUUGGAGCGGGAGCAGCAGCGGCAGCAGCAGCUGCAGCAGCAGCGGGCCAAGCGGCAGCAGCAGCAGCAGGAGAAGGAACGCAGGAAGAAGCAGCAGCAGAAAGCCAGCAGCAAACCCGGCGCGCAGAAAAAACAAAAAAGAACCACCAGCGAAAAGAGACGCGCCAAAAAAAGGGCCUUCAGAAGGCGCGGAGCUCAGCAGUGCAGCAACGGACUCGGAGAGCGAGGAGACGGAGACAGAAGAAAUAAAAGAAAAAGAAUUUUCGAAUUCAAAAAGAAAUAA